GGGACCUGACAAACCCGCCAGUGGAUGAUGUAAACCAAGCCCUCAGGCCCGACGUCCACUGUAACCUCAGCUGGAGCCUCGUCGUCGCCUUUUCCAUCAACUUGAACAUCACACUCGGAUCUUAUUCCAUCAUUUGUCUGUGUUUCUACUCACAUUCAUUCAACAAGGCGAAACAUCACGCUUAUUCUCAUCAACGCUGCACAUACAUUGUUACAAGAAAAGAUCGACCGUUUUGUUUGUUCGUAUCUCACACUUUUAUCGCCGGAAAUUCGUCAAAAUAGGCCGACACGGGACUCACGGCCUCAGCGCCAAAGGAACACUCGCGGACUACCAAAACGACGACGACUUUGUCGGCUUUGACGAUUUUGCCGUCGGUGGGAAAACCCAAAAGAAACCCAAAAAACCCAAGAAGCCAAAGAAGCCGCGAAGGAAAAUGGGUCAAGAAGUUUCUGCCGUUCCUGAAACGACCAAGCCUGAGAACCUCUCAGAGCGCAGCCUGCCUGCGGUUGCCGACUACAUCAAGUCCGGUAAAGCUCGCAAGGUUGUUGUCUUGACGGGCGCGGGUAUUUCGACUGCUGCUGGCAUUCCUGACUUCCGCUCUCCCGAGACUGGCCUCUACGCCAACUUGGCCGCCUUGGAACUUGAAGAGCCCGAAGAUGUCUUCAGCUUGCCUUUUUUCAAGGAAAACCCCAAGCCAUUCUACGUGCUCGCAAAAGACCUUUAUCCAGGCAAAUUCCACCCUACCAUCUCGCAUGUCUUCAUCAGCCUCCUCGCCACCAAGGGCCUCCUGUACCAGCUCUUCACGCAGAACAUUGACUGUUUGGAGCGCGCCGCCGGUGUCCCCGCCGACCUGAUCGUCGAGGCCCACGGCAGCUUCGCUUCCCAACGCUGCAUCGAUUGCAAGACGCCCUACCCGGACGAUAAGAUGCGCGAACAUGUCAGCCGUGCCGAGGUCCCACACUGCGAAAAGUGCAACGGUCUGGUCAAGCCCGACAUCGUCUUCUUCCACGAGAACCUGCCCUCCCUAUUCUUCGACAGGAGGCACAUGGCCGAGGAAGCUGAUCUGAUCCUCGUUCUCGGCACCAGCUUAACCGUCCAUCCUUUCGCCGGUCUUCCCGAUCUUGCCCCCUUCGAAGUUCCUCGCGUCUUGUUCAACAUGGAACGCGUAGGGUCUCUGGGCUCUCAACCCGAUGACGUCCUUGUCCUCGGAGACUGCGACACUGGUGUGCGGCAGCUGGCUAGCGCGCUCGGGUGGCGCGAGGAGCUGGAGGCCGAGUGGAGGAAGCUGGUAGGCGAUGAGGAGGCGGACAGGCAGUUGGAGGGUUCGUCAAAACGCCAGGUCGAGCUCCAUGAUGAGGUCUCGCAGCUGGUUCAUGAUGUCGAUAAGGUACUGCAUGUGCACGACGUGAGCAGCAGCGGCAGUAGCUCGCCUAGUCCUGAGGCUGUUGCAGAGAAAGAACCAAUUGCGGCAACUCAGCAGGAAGUGCAGCAGAGCGAGUCUGCCUCGGUUAAGGAGAGUGUCGAAACAACAACGUUGACAGAGGAGGUCAAGGUUUCCGGCGCUUGAGGAACGGAGUGGCGCAGGCGUCACGUAGAAGACACGGCUUGGAUCAGGUUGAAGCCGGGUAUUCAAUAAAGGGAUGUGUCAUCGAAGGACUUAACACCGGCCGUACGAUAUCAUACUGCAGGAAAGUAUCAGUGAUUGAUGGCGUUGGUAGGGCAUAGGAAUUGGGUUUGAGACAGGUUUGGGCUGGCGAGUUGGCUCGUCUGUAUCAUGAAUUUCAUGUUGGUUUUUUUUUUUCUUUUUGUUCCUUUUUUUUUCCUGGCAUUGUCAGUCAAGAUACCUGUUCCUGGUGUUUGCAUUCGAUAAUCGUUCCUGCAAUCUGUCGGCAUGGUGCAACAUUAUCUUCUGGGAGAAAUGAGGCCUUCUUAUAUGAACUCAGACGAUCUCGGUGGCUGUGAUCACUCCAGCACCUUUAUCCAGUCCCAUUCGUCCCUUUACCUUCCCAUUUGUAAGUAGUCGAGACUCUGACGGCGAAUCGAACGAAGCCAUUAAACGCGACAUGACAUG